AUUACAUUGCAUUACAUUUUUCGACAAAGAAACAGUUUUUGAUUAUAAUUACAUACUAGGUAUUAAUAAUUUAAUGCGAUUUCGAUUGUUUAUAACGUAUUGGAUUGACUAAUGAAUGCGAAUGAACGUAAUGCAUCAGUUUUGGACACUGAAGUAACUUUGUAAUAAUUUGAUUUGAAGCAAAUGUCACGUAUUUUAGUACGUGUGAAUCAAACAUUAAGCAGAAAGUUGAAGAAAACUGACAUUAAUUAGAUUGAUAAUCAGGUCAACAAUGAUCGUUAUCACAUUGACACUAUUUGUUCUUAUCAUAUUAAUGUAUAAUUAUUACGUGCAUUACGGACGGAAUGGACGCCUUAUUAACCUUAUACCAGGACCAUCAGGUUAUCCAAUUAUUGGUCAUGUGCUACUAUUACAAGGUUCACGAGAAAUUCUAUGGAAACUUUUGAAUAAAAUGACUGAUAAAUAUUAUCCAAUUUGUAAAAUUUGGGGAUUUUUUACGCCUAUUGUAUCUAUCCGUGAUCCGGAUGAUAUGGAGGCAAUAUUAAAUAACAUGAAACAUAUCAAUAAGAGUAUAAUUUAUGAUGUUUUACUUCCUUGGUUCAAUACGGGUCUUCUCACUAGUGGAGGCGCUAAGUGGCACUCUCGUCGAAAGAUAUUAACUCCAGCAUUUCAUUUUAAUAUUCUGCAGCAUUUUGUUGAGGUUUUGAUCGAGGAAAGCGAAAAUAUGACAAAAUCUUUGCAAAAUACAGGAGGCACUGUUGUAAAAGAUUUAAUACCGUUUAUUAGUGAACGUACACUGAAUGCAAUAUGCGAAACUGCUAUGGGCACUUCUCUACGAGACCAAGAUGCGUACGAACAACGAUAUCGAAAAGCGGUUCAUCAAAUGGGCGAAAUAAUCAUGUAUAGAUUAAUGAGGCAGUGGCUGCGAUACAAUGGGAUCUUCUCAUUGAUGCCAAAAGGCAAACAACAAGCAAAGACUUUGAGGAUACUACACGGAUUUACUGAACGAAUUAUUGCGGAAAGAAAACUUUAUCAAGAAUAUAACGAUGAUCAAUACUUAAAAGAUUUUGAUAAUAACACAAUGACAGAGACAAGUGAUGUAGAAACGAUUAAAAUUCGGAAAAAGCGGCUUGCAUUGUUGGAUCUUUUAAUAGCAGCGUCUCGAAAAGGUCUCUUAACUGAUUUAGAUAUCAGAGAAGAAGUGGAUACUUUUAUGUUUGAGGGACAUGAUACUGUAGCAAAGGCUAUAUGUUUUGCUCUUUUAUUACUAGCUGAACAUAAGGACAUUCAGAAUCGUGUCAGAGAUGAAAUCUGUACUGCUAUAGAAGAGAAUGGAAAGAAAUUUACUAUGAAUAUAUUGCAAAACUUGUCAUAUUUAGAUAGAUGUAUAAAAGAAACAUUGCGUUUGUAUCCCAGCGUUUAUUUUAUAUCACGAAUUACAUCGGAAGACUUAAAAUUAAAUUCAUAUAUAAUACCCGCUAAAACAAUUGUGCAUCUUAAUAUCUACGGACUCCACAGGGAUCCCAAAUUUUGGCCAAAUCCAGAGAUAUUUGAUCCUGAUAGAUUUUUGUUUGAGAAAAUUCGAAAUCGCCAUCCUUACUCAUAUUUACCAUUCAGUGCUGGACCACGUAACUGUAUUGGCCAACGAUUCGCUCUGCUGGAGAUGAAAGCAAUGAUAGCCUCUCUGGUUCAUAAUUUCUACUUAGAGCCCAUUGAUUACUUAAAGAACUUGCGAAUGGAAGUUGAUUUAGUGCUGCACCCUGCUCAUCCACUUCAAGAUCUAUGGAAGCUUCAACGUCAACUUUGUAAAGAAUAUUAUCCAAUUUAUAAACUUUGGUGCGGUCCAAUUGCUUUCGUCAGCAUUCAUCAUCCAGAUGAUCUAGAGAAAGUAUUAAACAGCGCAAAGGAACAUCUUUCAAAAGGCUACUUAUAUGAUUCUUUAAUUCCUUGGUUAGGAACUGGAUUACUUACUAGCGAAGUUAAGAAAAAACGACUUGCUAUGCUGGAUCUUCUGAUAGCGGCAGUUCGAAAUGGCGAGAUGAAUGAUGUAGAUAUCAGAGAAGAAGUCGAUACUUUCAUAUUCGAAGGACAUGAUACCGUAGCAAUAGGUCUAACUUAUGCAAUAUUAUUACUAGCUGAACAUGAAGAUGUCCAGAAACGUGCUAGAAAUGAAAUUAGUGCAAUCAUAGAAGCAAAUGGAGGAAAGCUUACCAUGUCAGCGUUAAAUAAUAUGCCAUACUUAGAAAGAUGUUUGAAAGAAUCAUUGAGAUUAUAUCCUAGCGUUCCUUUCAUUUCACGAGUUCUAUCAAAAGAUUUACAAACACAAACACAUUUAGUGCCUUCUGGAACAAUUCUGCAUGUAAAUAUUUACGAUAUUCAUAGAGAUCCAAAUUUCUGGCCAAAUCCAGAUGUAUUUGAUCCAGAUAGAUUUUUGUUAGAGAAAAUUCAAAAACGUCAUCCUUAUUCCUACUUACCGUUUAGCGCAGGACCACGAAAUUGUAUAGGACAACGAUUUGCUAUGAUGGAACUGAAAGCUAUAAUGGCAACAUUGAUAUAUAACUUUUAUCUGGAACCCAUCGAUUAUUUAAAGGAUCUUCAUUUCAGGCUAGAUAUAAUAAGCCGUGUUACACAGCCGAUCCGUACACGAUUUAUUCCAAUUAAUCGUACACUAUCUAAAGUCAUAUAAUUUUAUUUAUUGUAA